AUGGCUUUGAACUUUGCUAAGAGAGUAAUUAUCUUCAUUCUAAGUGGACUUGGCAUCAUACGGAACAUCUUUGUUUUUAUGAAUUAUAUGUGCUUUAUUAGAGACACUAAAAAGAAAUUUAUGCAUCUUAUUCUCAUUCAUUUGGUUUUCACAAAUAUCAUCCUACUUCUUUCCAAAGGAAUUCCAACAACAAUAGCAACUUUUGGGUUAAGAAACUUCCUAGAUGACAACACAGGCUGUAAGAUUGUGGUUUAUUUGGAGAGGAUUUCCCGGGGCCUGUCCAUCUGUACCAGCGCUCUCCUCACCGUGGUCCAGGCCAGCACCAUCAGUCCCAGGCACUCCAGGUGGAGGAGGCUCGAGCCCAGGACUGUCUGGCAUGUGCUUCCCCUGCUUCUCUCCUUUUGGGGGCUCAAUUCCAUGGUAAGCAUCAAUUUACUCUAUAUUGUCACAAGUACCUACAGGAACUCAUCACACAGCAGUGAAAAUGACAACUAUUGUGAUUUUCUACCCCAAAGUCCGAAAAUUAACUGGAUUUUCCUCAGUCUCCUGGCCCUGAGAGACACUGUGUUUCAGGGCAUCAUGGGUGGGGCCAGUGGCUACAUGGUAUUUCUUCUCCACAAGCACCAUCAGCGGGUUCUCCACCUGCAGAGCUCCAGGUUUGUCUACAAAACUCCCCCUGAGAUCAAAGCUGCUCAGAGUGUUCUCCUGCUGAUGCUCUGUUUUCUUACCUUUUAUUGGGCAGAUUGUGUCACAUCUUUGUAUUUACAUUUCUUCUCCAAGACUGACUCUGUAACAAUAAAUCUUCAGGAAUUUCUGACCAUUGGUUAUGCAGUUCUCAGCCCUUUUGUGCUGAUUCACAGGGACGGAACCUGGCUGAAUGCUGGCAUGCUCUGGCAGGUAGAAAGAUGA